AUGGGUAAUGAAUACGCUGAAAUGCUCCUAAAUAAAGAAAAAUAUUGUAGUCUUUAUAAUUUUGAGACAUUUUCUUAAAAAACGCAUCCUUAAAAUAUUUAUAUGGAACCUUAGAAUGGACAAAUAUAUUAUGUAGAAGGAAAUUGUAUAGGUUCAUAAUUUGGUUUUCCCCGUAUAAAUAUUAAAAAAAAUAUAGAUGGAAAAAAAUGA